CAUUUCCUUUUGACUUUUGGAUUUUUGGAUAUUUUUUUUGAUUUGGCAUUAUUCAACAAGAAAAAAAAUUUCGACAAAUUCCUUUUUUUUGAAAAUUAUGUGAUAAUUAUGAGAACCAAUCCUACUACUUCGCGUCCCGGGAUUUCCACAAUUGAAGAAAAAAGCGUAGGGCGUAUUGAUCAAAUUAUUGGACCCGUGCUGGAUAUCACUUUUCCCCCGGGCAAGUUGCCUUAUAUUUAUAAUGCUUUGAUAGUCAAGAGUCGAGACACUGCCGAUAAGCAAAUUAAUGUGACUUGUGAGGUACAACAAUUAUUAGGAAAUAAUCGAGUUAGAGCUGUGGCUAUGAGUGCUACAGAGGGGUUGAUGAGAGGAAUGGAAGUGAUUGACACGGGAACUCCUCUCAGUGUUCCAGUCGGUGGAGCUACUCUCGGACGAAUUUUUAACGUUCUUGGGGAGCCUAUUGACAAUUUGGGUCCUGUGGAUACUAGUGCAACAUUUCCUAUUCAUAGAUCUGCGCCUGCCUUUAUCGAGUUAGAUACGAAAUUAUCUAUCUUUGAAACAGGUAUUAAGGUGGUCGAUCUUUUAGCUCCCUAUCGACGUGGAGGAAAAAUCGGACUGUUUGGGGGGGCAGGAGUAGGUAAAACAGUACUCAUCAUGGAAUUAAUCAAUAACAUUGCUAAAGCUCAUGGAGGCGUAUCCGUAUUUGGCGGAGUAGGGGAACGGACUCGUGAAGGAAAUGAUCUUUAUAUGGAAAUGAAGGAAUCCGGAGUAAUUAAUGAAAAAAAUAUUGAGGAAUCAAAGGUAGCUCUAGUCUAUGGCCAAAUGAAUGAACCGCCGGGAGCUCGUAUGAGAGUUGGUUUAACUGCCCUAACUAUGGCAGAAUAUUUCCGAGAUGUUAAUAAGCAAGACGUGCUUUUAUUCAUCGAUAAUAUCUUUCGUUUUGUUCAAGCAGGAUCGGAAGUAUCCGCCUUAUUAGGCAGAAUGCCCUCCGCAGUGGGUUAUCAACCUACCCUUAGUACAGAAAUGGGUUCUUUGCAAGAAAGAAUUACUUCUACCAAAAAGGGAUCUAUAACUUCGAUCCAAGCAGUUUAUGUACCUGCAGACGAUUUGACCGACCCUGCUCCUGCCACAACAUUUGCACAUUUGGACGCUACUACCGUACUUUCCAGAGGAUUAGCUUCCAAGGGUAUUUAUCCCGCAGUGGAUCCUUUAGAUUCAACCUCAACUAUGUUACAGCCUCGGAUUGUUGGCAACGAACAUUAUGAAACUGCGCAAAGAGUUAAGGAAACUUUACAACGUUACAAAGAACUUCAGGACAUUAUCGCAAUUCUUGGAUUGGAUGAAUUAUCGGAGGAGGAUCGUUUAACUGUAGCAAGAGCACGAAAAAUCGAGCGGUUCUUAUCACAACCGUUCUUUGUGGCAGAAGUUUUUACCGGUUCUCCAGGAAAGUAUGUUGGUCUUGCAGAAACAAUUAGGGGAUUUCAACUAAUCCUUUCCGGAGAAUUAGACGGCCUACCCGAACAGGCUUUUUAUUUAGUGGGGAACAUCGAUGAAGCUAGCACGAAAGCUAUAAACUUAGAAGAGGAGAGCAAAUUGAAGAAAUGAAAUUAAAUCUUUAUGUACUGACUCCUAAACGAAUUAUUUGGGAUUGUGAAGUGAAAGAAAUCAUUUUAUCUACUAAUAGUGGCCAAAUUGGUGUAUUACCAAACCACGCCCCCAUUAACACAGCUGUAGAUAUGGGUCCUUUGAGAAUACGCCUCCUGAACGACCAAUGGUUAACGGCGGUUCUGUGGAGUGGUUUUGCAAGAAUAGUUAAUAAUGAGAUCAUCAUUUUAGGAAAUGAUGCAGAACUGGGUAGUGACAUUGAUCCAGAAGAAGCUCAACAGGCACUUGAAAUAGCCGAAGCUAACUUGAGUAAAGCUGAAGGUACGAAAGAAUUGGUUGAAGCGAAGCUAGCUCUCAGACGAGCUAGGAUACGAGUCGAGGCUGUCAAUUGGAUUCCCCCAUCCAAUUGAAGACAAUCCAAAGAUUUCGUUGAUACAAAGAAAAAGGAAAGAAGGGUAGAAAAAGUUAUUAGAUAGCGAAGCGAAGUAAGUCCAAUGCUAUCUAGUAAUUUUUCUACCUACCUACCUACUAUUGGAUUUGAACCAAUGACUCCCGCCGUAUGAAAGCAAUACUCUAACCACUGAGUUAAGUAGGCAAUUUAUCACCACAAAAGAAGCCCCAUUACUUCGAUCGAUUAUAGAUUGAAUCCUUUUUAUAAGCAAUACCGCUCCGUUAUUGGUAUGUUUAUGUUAUAUAGUAAACGGAUCAAAGGGAUAUCCUCUGGCAUUAGAGAAUAUUCAUCUUGACAAGAAAUUAUCUAUAUGUUAAGAUAUCUCUGACAAGGGCUAUAGCUCAGUUCGGUAGAGCAACUCGUUUACACGUGCGCCAAUGCUUUUCAAGGGAACUUAUUAUGCAAUGAACAUAAUUGACCUUGUUGCAAAAUCAAUGUCUUACUUCAUGGAUUCGAAAGAAUAGAAGAACAGUAGCCUGACAAUGACAAACAGCUGGUUCAGUCCGAUUCAGGUGCCAAUUAAGGUGCUUACUCAAAUAGAACUCCUAUUGAUUUGCUAGUUGAUAAGGUAAAUAUCCAGCCCACUCAAUGCUAGGCGUAAUGAGGAUAAGGGCCUCCAAAAAACUUCUUUUCGUUCUAUGAACUUUAAGGUGUAUGAAGUCUCAUAGUAAACUCUUGCAGCGGAACGAUAGAGACUCCAUUUCACUUAGGUUGAUUUAAUUUAGGCCGGAGGCAGACCUAAGUCAAGGUAAUCCUCCUUUGAAACACUUUGGUAUUGUUCCUAGAUAGAUCAUAAGACAAAUAAUCAAUCAGAGCACAGGGAGCCAUCUUAUUAUCUUUCCCUAAAGAAAAACUAUGGCGAAUUAACUGAUCUUUACAUUAGUUGAUGAAAGAGCCCAAUGCAGAAAAAUGCAUGUUGGGUCUUUGAAACAGUUCGAAUCAUUUCGAUAAUAAUCUGUUUGAUCUGUUUUACCGAGAAGGUCUACGGUUCGAAUCCGUAUAGCCCUAAUAUAUACGUCUUUUUUCCAUUUUAGGAUGGAUAUCUUAUGUUUCCUUUAGUAUAGUUUCUUUUCCUUAUUUAGUACUUGUUUAUAGACUCGACGGUCGAUUGCGCCAUAGAAUAGAGAUAAAAGCAUUACCAUAGGCUCAUUCAUCGAAACGCAAAUCAGAGAGACAGGAAAAGAAAAAAGAAUUUUGAUCAAAUCAAUAGAAGGAAGGAUCCCUUACCUGAUUUGAAUUUCAUCCUCCUUUAAAUAGGAUAUGCUCUAAGUCUUCCCAUACUUUCCUAUAAUGACUGCAACGAUUUUCUCCAUUUUGCGAAUUCCUAUUUUAUUUGAAGUAUAUUACUAUCAUAUACAUUAUCUAAAUCGAUCCACUUUAAAUAAAAUAGAAAAAAUCGAAAGAAAAAAAAA